CUUAACACUUUGUUGGUCUUGUUAAGAAAGCAUCUCGGGACAUUAGAAAAGCUUCCCCACAACAUCUUUCAAAUCUUGUUGAACGAGGGAGGACCUGAACUUUCAUCUGAAGCUUCACACCUUUUAGAGACUAAAUAUUCUGAAAUGGUGUAUAUGGAAUACUUGCAAAAGGAGGAUCUGCAAGGGCGUGUUCAAUCAAAAUUUGAGUGUUCAAAAGCCGUAAUUUGUUUUGAUGUUUCACCACAGUUAGACUACAUGGUAUGCGAUUGCUAUGAUAACACGAUACAGCUGUGGUCGAUCCGUACUGGCAAGCAGUUAUGGAAACGAGAUGUCCAGGUAAAGAAAGAUUACUACUUCGAGUAUGAUGACGAUGACUUUUUUCCUAUCUACGAACCAUAUAAGGGAACCAAAAAUCACUGCGUCAGCGACGAGUAUGACGACGAUGAUCUGCCAUGUCCUCCCAAGUCAAUUUACCGCUCAGUAGUGUUUCAUCCUACAGAGGACCUUGUCUUACCAGGAAUCCUCAGCCAUGCCUAUACGUUUGACGGGGACCUAAAACCACUUUUCCUUUCUAGCAAGUGCUGUUUCUGGGUUUGUUCAAUUUCUGCAGAAAAGACCAAGAUGCUAACUGAUUGCCCCAAUGAUGCUAAAUCAAUUAUCAUGUGGAGUCUGAAAGAUGGCUCAGAGAUGAAUCGUUUUUCAUGGAGUGACGAUAUUGUGUCAUUUGCUUGGUCUCGCGCUGGAAGACUGCUAGCAAUUUCUGACCUGUCUGGUUCGUUAACUUUGGUUGACGUAAUGAAUGAUUAUAGAACUCUAGCACAGACAGCUAUUUCAGAAGUAUGCGGAAUGAUAAAGUUCUCCCCUGACUGUCGUUGUCUGUAUUCUUUGGUUUUCAACAGUGCUAGGUGCCAUCUCUUUCUUUUAGACGUCAACAUGGAAAAUGACGGCGACUUUUCUUUAGAUGUUUUGCCUAAUGAAGUGUCUUAUCACCCCUGGGAAUUUGAAUCGUGUAGUGAGACCGGAUUUUUAUUAGGAGAUCCUUUUUGGUUUCCAUCUGGAGGAGAUACCAUCUUCUCACGGGAACCUGACAGACCUGGACUUGCUUUUGUGCUCAAUGAAAAAUCUGUAUUGACCGUUGCUUGUGGUGCCAGCACCAUAGAGAUGUCGCAGCUUGGUGAACUGACGAAAGACAGUGCCAGAGUUUCAAUAACUACUGCGAGGGAAGUCGUAUUAUCAUUGAAUGGUGACACUCUGUUUGUUAUCACAACAACAGAUCGCAGUCCAGCAACACUUACGGCUUGGGACAUUUCAAGUGGUUUGGUCAAACAUGCAAUAAAAAUUUUUCCUCACCCUAGUUGGUUCCGUCAAUAUAAUCUUGUCGCUGUAAGGGAAGGUGUUCUGUUGCAAACCAGUCGCCACGUCCUUGAGCUGUGGAAUUUUGAGUUGUCUGAGUGCAUCCGAAGUUGGACUGACUUAGGAGACAUCACUGGAGUAAUCCCCAUAUCAGAAGAACAAGUGGCCUUUGAAGUAAACAGCGCCUGUACAGAAGAGAGCAAAGUCAUCAUUGUGGAUACAACUAGGGAAGGCAUUGUAUCAACAAUUACUAUUCACGGGAAGUUCGUUGGAUGUAACAGUAAAUGUCACGUGAUAUCCGCUGCUCAUGGAAAGUUGCAGAUGCAAUGUGGAGACAAAGUACUCUGGAAGAUAUCCCAGCUUUUCACAUACUUUCACUUUUCUCGAUACAAGACAUUUUCUCCUACUGAACAUUAUUACGUAUUUGCUGCACAAAAGAGCUUUCCCGACACGGCCUUAUACGUCCUCGAUGUAGUUUCAGGAAAAACACUCUGCACACUACAACCACGUACUGAUCACCCCCCGAUUUUUGGCAGCCUUGAUUGCAAGUUUGUUGGUGAGGAGGAGUGCAUUACUUGCUUCACUGUUUUAUUUGGCGGUCAUUUUCUUCAGCUGUUUAAUGUCAAGUCAGGUGACCUGCUGAGUGAAAUUGCUAGGGAAAGCCCUGUGUACAGUUUAGCAGCUUGUCCUCGUGAGCGUCUUAUCGCCGUUGGCUUUGAGGAUUCCAAUGUGAAUUUCAGAGUUCUUCGGGUGAAGUUGCCAGGAGAUAAACACAACAGAAAGAACAAAAGGUCAGGUUUUAUUAAUAAGGAACAAAGUUACGAUACAAUGACUUCAACCGAAUCACCUGAGAGAUUUUUACCAAUUACAGCACGAUUUUCCAACAACAAAAUCUAAGUUGACCUCACCAUUCAAGUUUGAGUAGCGCAGUUCUUAACCCUUGGAACGGACGACUUUGAUUGGUUGGUAACUGGGUUCAAAUUUCGUUGACUCCGCGAACAGCAUCAGAA